AACACUGGGGACAAAAACUGUAAAAGAAAAAAAAAAGGAAUAAAGACCAACAGAGAACUCAAGAAUAUAACCGAGACAAUUCACACAAGGAACAAGAAACACAAGGGAAGGAAAAGACAACAGAAAACAGAAUACACAAAUGACCAAAAACAGGAAAAAUAAACAAAACAAGAAUCAAUCAUGACAAUCUCAGCAGGUUCUUUGUAGAGGUGUAGAAAUCGUAUUCCUCCUCCUUCUUCUUCUCUGGCUCAUUUCCUCUCUGUCUUUUUUCUCCCUAAAACAGUUUUCCUACACAGAAAGUGUUUUCACUCUUCCAGACCGUAGACUGUAAAUAAUAAGCUCCAGACAGGGUCAAAUUCCAUUUCUGAUUACAAACCACGCUUCGGUUCAUGUGAACAUCGAGGCUGUUUCACAUCCAGUAACCACUACAGGACUCAAAACAGCUGAUCAGACACGUCCCUCUCUCAGAUGAGUCCUGAGCGAUGGUUGGACGUGUUGCUGUGAUCGGAGCAGGAAGUUCCGGUCUGGUGUGUGUAAAGGUGUGUGUUGAUGAAGGUCUGCAGCCCGUCUGCUUUGAACGCAGCGAUGACAUUGGCGGCCUGUGGAGGUUUAAGGAGUCCCCUGAGCCGGAGCGAGCCAGCAUCUAUCGCUCCCUUGUGGUCAACACGUCCAAAGAGAUGAUGUGUUUCAGUGAUUAUCCCAUGCCUGCUGACUAUCCAAACUACAUGCACAACUCUCAGCUGCUCCAGUACUACAGACUGUACGCAGAGUACUUCGACCUGCUCAGACACGUCCACUUCAAGACAACAGUGAAGAGCGUCUCACAGAGAGCAGAUUCCUCUAAGUCAGGUCAGUGGGACAUAGUGACCGUUAACAGGGACGGAGAGGAGGAGAGACACGUGUUUGAUGCAGUCCUGGUGUGUUCAGGUCACUACACACAUCCAUCCUUACCUCUGAAAGACUUUCCAGGACAUGAGAAGUUUUCUGGUCGUUGUUUACACAGCUGGGAAUUUAAAGAUGCUGAUGCCUGCAGAGGAAAGAGGGUGGUGGUGGUUGGAAUCGGAAACUCUGGAGGAGACAUCGCAGUAGAGAUCAGCAGAUCUGCAGAGAAGACGUUCCUGAGCACUCGGCAGGGCGCCUGGGUUAUCGGCAGGAUGUCCAGUGCCGGUCUUCCUCUUGACAUGACCGCCAUCACCCGGCUGAAUAACACCCUCAUGCAGCUUCUCCCAAAGACUCUGAUUAACUGGGCUGUAGAGAGAUCGCUGAACCAGAGAUAUGACCACAGAGUGUACGGCUUGCAGCCCAGACACAGACCUUUGGACAGACGGCCUCUGAUCAAUGAUGAUCUUCCUGGUCGGAUCCUUCAGGGAGCUCUCGUGAUGAAACCAAACCUGAGGAAGUUCACAGAGUCUGGAGUGGAGUUUGAAGACGGGUCUGUGGAGGAGAACAUUGACUCAGUGGUCUUCUGUACGGGGUAUAAAGGAGCAUUUCCGUUCCUGCCUGCCAGUCUGACUGAGAGGUGUCACAGAGAGUUCACACUGUACAAACGAGUGUUUCCUCCGUCUCUGUCUCCGCCCACGCUGGCCGUCAUGGGUCUUUUCCAGACUAAAGGACCUAUCAUGCCUAUUGUUGAGAUGCAGGCCAGGUGGGCAGUGAAGGUCUUUACAGGUACGAGUCGUCUCCCUCCUGAGAAGAAAAUGCUGAACGUCAUCAAGUCUGAGAGGAAGAUGAACAUUAAGAGCUAUCCGUGCCCCCGUCAGGCUGCUCUGCAGGUGGAUUACAUCUCCUACCUUGACUUCAUGGCUGAGCAGGUGGGCGUUCGACCAAACCUCCUGGCUCUUCUGCUGACGGAUCCUGUGCUCUGGAUGAAGGUCUUCUGUGGUCCGCUCACUCCUUAUCAGUACCGUCUAAACGGGUCUGGACGCUGGACCGGAGCUCGUCAGGCCAUCCUGACUCAGUGGGAACGGGUUCUUCAGCCUUUCAGGACCAGAUCAGUACCAGAGCUAGACAGCAGACCUUCUUCGCUCAGCCCUUCCUGGAUGCUUGUAUUUGGAGGAUCUUUGGUCGCCACUCUUGUUUUGUCCCUUCAGGGCCCAUAUCAGAUCCUGGACUGUUGUAAGCAUCUCCUGUGGGACUCCUGGUUAAUGGGAUAAACAAAAGACAGGAUGAAGCAUGGGUCCAGUCUGAACCAAAGGAUCCAGAGGGCUUCAGACUGCAACAUGAUGUGGGAAUUAAAUGUUAAAAUGUAGGAAUAGACACUGAUUACUUAUCCACAGUAUAAAUCUAAACAUAGUUAAAUAUGGAGGAAGCAGACAGGUCUGGGGAGUUAAGUGGUGACUUUAUUAAAUCUUGCAUUAUUUGUUUUGCACGCACAUAAAAACAGAGAUGCUACAUAUUUAAUAAUACAAGAUUUUCAGUGGUUCAUAAAAAUGUGACCACAGUUUAUCAUCUUCUGUGUGAUAAUCAGGUAAUCGCAUACAGCAAAAGAGGACUCACACAUAGAGACAAAACACAUACUGAGAUUUCAGAACUUGGAUUUUAAGUUUUUGUAUUUGACACUGCAGGGACGCAUGAACGAUAAAACAUGAAAUCAACUGCACACAAUUCAAUCCAUUAAAGGGAUACUUCACCCA